AUGUGGAUGCUGGCACUAGGAGGGCUUUUCUUGGCAGCCUCCCAGGCAUGCAUCUUUUGCCACCUCCCUGCCCGAGACUUAUCAGGCCGCCUGGCUCAGCUCUGCAGCCAGAUGGAGAUCCAGUGGAAGGACUGUGAAGCCUCGUGGAACUUCACAGCUUUUGCUUUAGAUGAGACGACCAUGAACAAAGUCACAGAGAAGACACACAGAGUCCUGAGGGUCAUCGAGAUCAAAGGCUCUCUGUCCUCACUCCUAAAAUAUUGGCGAUGGCUUCAAAAGACCAAGUUCCCAGAGUACACCAGGGAAGCGCUCUGUGCUCCUGCUUGCCGGGGCAGCACCAUCCUGUACAACUGUUCCACCUGUGAGAGCUUUGAGGUGUACUGUUGGCCCCGAAAACGCUGCUUCCCAGGAAGCCAUGAUCUUUGGGAAGCAAGAAUUCUGCUCCUUUCUGUCUUCACAACUGCGCUGCUCCUAGGUGUUGUCGCCCUCAAGAUAGAGUGA